CGCGUCAUGUGACGGCGGUGGAAAGAUGGCGCAGCUGCGGGUUUCAGGAUAAUCAUCACCCGCUACAGCUGCGACAGACACGGGGGCAUUAUUGUACAGCAGCAGAGAACAAAUUAACAAUCGCCACAGAAAAAAAGGCUGCUGCAAGUACAUACACCGGCUUUUACAGAACCGAUCUUAAAGAACAAUGGAAGAGGAAUGUGCUGCAAGAGGGUUAAAUAAAUAAAUAAAUAAAUAAAUACAUACAUACAUAAAUACAUACAUACAUACAUACAUAAAUAAAUAAAUAACUAAAGUGUCUUCACUAUUGCUUCAGCAGUGGAUGCUGCAGCACUGAGAGCGCUGAGAACAUUCCCAUACACAGCUGGGGAGAGAUUGCCGAUAACAAACACAUCGCACAACUGUACCUUACUUAGCAAGACAGACAACGAGGACCUGAGAACAGGGAGGAAAUACACGGUGUUUUAUUUUAUUUUAUUCAUUUCGUUUAUAUUUUAUUUGUAUACAGUUCAACAAAAUGAACACGGAGCUGUGAGAUUAGUGUAACUUUGAAUUUUUUUUUUUUUUUUUUUUUUUUUUUUUAACAUAAAAACGGGUAAAUCACUCUUUGAUUUCUUGGGAAUUUUACCAGGAUCAUGUGGACACCCACAGAAGAAGAGAAGAUUGGUGUUGUGAUCUGCAGUUUCCGUGGAUCAGUGUCACAAGGUUUGUCUCUGGAGAUCGGAGAAACGGUGCAGAUCCUGGAAAAAUGUGAAGGAUGGUACAGAGGUUUUUCCACCAAGAAACCCACAGUAAAGGGGAUCUUUCCAACCAACUAUAUUCACUUGAAGAGGGGGAUUGUCAGUAACAGUGGGCAAUAUGAGACAGUAGCCCUGCUGGAAGACUCGAUUGUGACUGAGGUGACAUCCACUCUUCAGGAAUGGGCCUUUCUGUGGAAGCAGCUGUAUGUGAAAAACAAGGUGGAUCUUUUCUACAAGCUGCGCCACGUGAUGAAUGAACUCUUUGACCUGCGAAGACAGCUGCUCUCAGGUCACCUGACCCAGGACCAGAUUCGAGAGGUCAAGAGACACAUCACUGUGCGCCUGGACUGGGGGAACGAGCACCUAGGUUUGGACCUGGUCCCCAGAAAAGAGUUUGAGAUGGUAGAUGCAGAACAGAUCAGCGUCUCAGACCUCUACAAAAUGCAUUUAUCCAGCAGACACAGCGUGCAGCAAAGCACCUCACAGGGGGACAGCUUGCGUCAGCGCCAUGGGGAGGCUUGUCGGAUCCCAAUCCCUCACCAUCUCUUCCUCAAUUUGAAGAGUUUCACCUACAACACCAUUGGAGAAGACACUGAUGUCUUCUUCUCCCUCUUUGACAUGAGGGAGGGCAAACAGAUCAGUGAGAGGUUCAUGGUGAAACUGAACAAGAAUGGAGGACCUAAAAACCCAGAGAAGAUAGAUCGCCUAUGUGCCCUCUUCACGGAUCUGAGCAACAAGGACAUGAAAAGAGACCUGUAUAUAGUUUCUCACGUCAUCAGAACUGGGCGGAUGUUGUUGAAUGAUUCUAAGAAAGGUCCAGCCCAUGUGCAAUACCGCCGCCCCUACGGCUGUGCAGUGCUGAGCAUGAGCGACGUACUGCAGUCCAUCUCCGAGCUCAAAGAGGAGAAAGACUUUGUGCUUAAAGUUUACACCUGUAACAAUGAAAAUGAAUGGUGCCAAAUCCACGAAAAUAUAAUCCGCAAGUCCAGCACCAAGUACACAGCACCCAGCACCAACUACGGUCUGAUCAUUUCCCUGCAGCUGCUGCGGGGAGAGAUGGAGCUGAUCCGCAGAGAGAACCCAAUGAUCUUCAACAGAGGCGUGGCUGUCACCCGCAAACUGGGCUUCCCUGAUGUAAUCAUGCCUGGUGACAUUCGGAAUGACCUAUACCUGAUCCUGGAGAGAGGCGAUUUCGAGAGGGGCGGGAAGAGCGUCCAGAAGAACAUUGAGGUCACUGUGUACGUUCUGUACGCGGAUGGAGAAAUACUAAAGGAUUGCAUCAGCCUUGGCUCUGGGGAGCCCAAUGUGAGUGAGCACCGCUCCUUUGUUCUGUACCACAACAACAGCCCACGCUGGGGAGAGAUCAUCAAGCUGCCUAUUCCCGUGGACCGCUUCCGAGGCUCGCACCUGCGUUUCGAGUUCAGGCACUGCUCCACAAAAGACAAGGGGGAGAAGAAGCUUUUUGGCUUUGCGUUUACUCCUCUGAUGAGGGAGGAUGGUACCACUCUGUCAGAUGAAAGCCAUGAACUCUACGUUUACAAGUGUGAUGAAAACAGCACCUUCAGUAACCAAGCACUCUACCUAGGCCUGCCUUGCUGUAAGGAGGAUUUCAAUGGUUGUCCCAACAUCCCGUCCAGCCUUAUCUUUCAGCGCAGUGCCAAAGAGAUGCUCUGGAUCUCCACCCAGCUGUCCUCCACCAAGCUCACACAGAACGUGGAUCUCUUGGCCCUGCUGAAGUGGAAGGCUCACCCAGACAGACUGAUGGACAUCCUGGGAAGGCUGCGGCAUGUCAGUGGAGAGGAAAUUGUUAAAUUCCUUCAGGAUAUUUUAGAUACACUGUUUUCCAUUCUAGAUGACAACACAGACAAAUACGGGCCUCUGGUUUUCCAGUCGUUGGUCUUCAUCAUCAAUCUACUCCGGGAUAGUAAGUACUAUCAUUUCCGGCCAGUCAUGGACACUUACAUCCAGAAGCACUUUGCAGGAGCACUGGCUUACAAGGAACUGAUCCACUGUCUGAAGUGGUACAUGGAUCGCUCGGCCGAAGUCGUUCGCCAGGACCACAUUCAAGAGGCCAUGAGGGCUCUGGAGUACCUAUUCAAGUUCAUUGUCCAGUCGCGGAUCCUGUACUCUCGAGCCACCUGCGGGAUGGAGGAGGAUCAGUUCAGGAUGAGCAUCCAGGAGCUCUUCCAGUCCAUCCGCUUCGUGCUGAGCCUGGACAGCCGUAGCUCCGAAACCCUCAUCUUUACACAGGCGGCUCUUCUGAACUCCUUCCCUACCAUCUUCGAUGAGCUGCUGCAGAUGUUCACGGUGCAGGAGGUGGCAGAGUUUGUCCGGGGAACGCUGGGGAGCAUGCCCAGUACAGUCCACAUUGGCCAGUCCAUGGACGUGGUCAAGCUGCAGUCAAUCGCUCGUACUGUGGACAGCCGACUCUUCUCAUUCCCAGAGUCUCGUCGCAUCUUGCUCCCGGUGGUGCUCCAUCACAUCCACCUCCACCUGCGGCAGCAGAAGGAGCUGCUCAUCUGUUCAGGGAUUCUCAGCAGCAUCUUCUCCAUCAUCAAGGCCAGCUCACUGGAGACCUCGGUGCAAGAGGAGGUGGAGAUGAUGGUGGAGAGCCUCCUUGAUGUCCUCCUCCAGACUCUGCUCACCAUCAUGAGUAAAUCCCAGUCUCAGGAGGCGGUAAGAGGCCAGCGCUGCCCGCAGUGCACGGCUGAGAUCACUGGAGAGUAUGUGUCCUGUAUGUUGUCUCUGCUUCGCCAGAUGUCGGAAAUCCAUUACCAGCAUCUACUGGACAACUUUCAGAGCAAGGAGGAGCUGAAGGAAUUUCUGUUGAAGAUCUUCUGUGUAUUCCGUAAUUUAAUGAAGCUGAGCAUCUUCCCUCGUGACUGGAUGGUGAUGCGGCUCCUCACCAGCAACAUCAUUGUCACUACUGCCCAGUACCUAUCCCCAGCCCUCCACAAGAACUUCACAGAAGCAGACUUUGAUUUCAAGGUGUGGAAUUCCUACUUCAGCCUGGCCGUUUUGUACAUUAACCAACCCAGCCUGCAGCUGGAGACCCUAACUCCUUCCAAGAGGAAGAAGAUCCUGGACAAGUAUGGAGACAUGCGAGUGAUGAUGGCUUAUGAACUCUUCGGCAUGUGGCAGAACCUUGCAGGGGAAAAUAAAAUCCACUUCAUUCCCGGGAUGAUCGGCCCAUUCCUGGGGGUGACGCUGGUGCCGCAGACCGAAGUGCGAAGCAUCAUGAUCCCCAUCUUUCAUGACAUGAUGGACUGGGAGCAGAGGAAGAAUGGCAAUUUUAAACAAGUGGAGGCAGAGUUAAUUGAUAAGCUGGACAGCCUUGUGUCGGAGGGAAAGGGAGAUGAGAACUACCGAGAGCUCUUCGGUCUUCUAACCCAGCUGUUUGGGCCUUAUCCUAGUCUGCUGGAGAAAAUCGAACAAGAAACCUGGCGGGAAACAGGCGUCUCUUUUGUUACCUCGGUAACUAGGCUCAUGGAACGCCUCCUUGACUACAGAGACUGUAUGAAAGGAGACGAGACGGAGAAUAAGAAGAUUGGGUGUACUGUAAACCUGCUGAACUUUUAUAAAUCAGAAAUCAACAAGGAGGAGAUGUACAUCCGCUACAUCCAUAAGCUGUGUGACAUGCACCUGCAGGCUGAGAAUUACACAGAGGCUGCGUUCACUCUGCUGUUGUACUGGGAGCUUCUGCACUGGGAGGACAGGCCACUCAGGGAGUUUCUGCACUACCCAACCCAAAGUGAGUGGCAGCGCAAGGAGGGCCUGUGCCGCAAAGUCAUCCACUACUUCAACAAGGGCAAGUGUUGGGAAUAUGGGAUCCCCCUUUGCCGGGAGCUUGCCAGCCAGUAUGAAGCUUUAUAUGACUAUCAGAGUCUCAGCUGGAUUCGGAAAAUGGAGGCAGCGUAUUAUGACAACAUCAUGGAACAGCAGCGUCUUGAACCCGAGUUUUUCAGGGUCGGCUUUUACGGCAGGAAAUUUCCAUUCUUCCUAAGGAACAAGGAGUUUGUCUGCAGGGGCCAUGACUAUGAGAGGCUGGAAGCCUUUCAGCAGAGAAUGUUGGGGGAGUUCCCACAAGCCAUUGCCAUGCAGCAUCCCAACCAACCUGAUGAGACCAUCCUGCAGUGUGAUGCACAAUAUCUGCAGAUCUACGCAGUCACCCCGAUCCCAGAGAAUGCGGACGUGCUGCACAUGGACCGGGUCCCCGAGCGCAUCAAGAGCUUCUACCGCAUCAACAACGUCCACAGGUUCCGCUAUGACCGACCUUUCCACAAGGGACCUAAGGACAGGGAUAACGAGUUUAAGAGUCUCUGGAUUGAGAGAACUACCCUGAUCUUGACCCGACCGCUACCUGGCAUCUCCCGCUGGUUUGAAGUGGAAAAGAGAGAAGUGGUGGAGGUGAGCCCUUUGGAGAACGCCAUCUAUGUUGUGGAGAAUAAGAACCACGAGCUGCGGACCCUGAUCUGCCAGUACCAGCAUAAGCAACUGCAUGGCAACGUCAACCUGCUCAGUAUGUGCCUGAACGGGAUGAUCGAUGCAGCUGUCAACGGAGGCAUUGCCCGCUACCAAGAGGCUUUUUUCGAUAAGGACUACAUAGCCAGUCAUCCUGAAGAUGCAGAGAAAAUCACACAACUCAAAGAGCUCAUGCAGGAGCAGGUGCAUAUCCUGAGUGUGGGGCUGGCAGUGCAUGAGAAACUGGUGCAUCCAGAAAUGCGUCCCUUACACAAGAAGCUGAUUGAUCAGUUCCAGAUGAUGAGAAGCAGCCUUUGUCAUGCUCUUCCUGGCUUGGAGAAGAUCAGUCCAGCCUGUUCAGGAGCGAGCACACCACGGGGCAGCAUUCUGGCAUCCCACAGCCCUUUGAGUCCCGAGAGCAUCAAACUGGUCCAUAGACACAGCCCACUGAACCUGCUGGGAUCAAUUCGACACUCCUCCUCAUCCCUCUCCUCACACACCUCCAGUGAGACUGGGAACCUCAUCUUCCUGCCUGACGGGCUGGUGGGGGAAACCUCUGAUGAUAUCUACCGCAUGCAGGCAAGCCCCUCUUCCUCCAGCCUGAGCUCCACCCACUCUGCACCAUCGCAGAUGAUCAACUCCGCCCCUUCCAGUGCAAGAGGAUCCCCUUCGCUGUCAGACAAAUACCGGCACAACAGAGAGAUGAUAAUGCUGCUGCCGCCCCACCGCGACCGGCCCAGCAGUGCCAUGUACCCAGCAAUGACCGAGAACGGACAGCCAACCAAUUUCCAGCGGGCCCUGAUCCAGCAGGUAAUUGGCCCCUGCAAACCCUGCAGCGAUCCAAACCUUUCAGUUGCAGAAAAAGUUCCUACAGCUCCCAGCAGCUGGAGCCUCGACAGUGGAACCCGAGAAGCGAUGCCAUUCCUGUCUGCACAUGUGGGAAGUAUAAUGGUCCCACCAGUACCACCUCGAACCAUACCACAUGGGCACUUCUCGAUGCACUUUGAUGCUUUCCACCACCAGAUCAGCGACCUCCCUCCAGUUCUCCCAGCGCGCUCUUUGAGAAAGUCUCCCCUGCACCCGAUCCCUGCCUCUCCCACCAGCCCACAUUCUGGCCUGAAUGGCAGUAGCUCCACCUUGUCAGGCAGUGCCAGCAGUGGUGUGUCCUCCCUGAGCGAGAGUAACUUCGGGCAUUCCUGUGAGCAGCCAGUCCACACAGACACCAUGGACUCUGUUCCCAGCCAGUCCUGGACCACCGACGAGGACGUGGAAUCGCCCUACCUGCCCGUCCGUUACAGCAUCUCUGAGCCUGAUGUGCUGGAGCCCAUGAAGCUCCCUCCCUGCCGUAGCCACUCCGCCCCCAGUGGGGUCAACCCCACCCUGCCCCCCAAACCCUACAUGGGCCGGGGGGAGGGAUGCAUCCCUGAGGAGGAGAUUCGGCCCAGGCCCAUGCCCCGCAAGAUCUCCCAGCCCCUUCUGAGCUGCAAGGAGGAGCAGGCUAAGGUUGCAUGGGAGCAUGGAAUCAAGGAAGAGUAGGCAUGGGGAAAGGUGUGUUGGGGGGGCUUCCUCAGUCCUGAGCCAGCUCUUCAUUAUUUUCAUUUCAACAUAUGACCAUUUUAAACACCCAGUAAAGUAUGAAAAAGCUAAUUAAUUUUUAAACCCCUAUCAUGUGUUUAUAAAAAUACAUACAUGAAUUGUCAUGUCAGUAGAUACGUUUUUAUAAAGUUUUCCCUCGACUAUUUCAAUUGUUGGAUUCAGGUUUGUUUUUCACAACAGGAUUGAGGUUGUUAUGAGAUACUGCACUAUAUUCCUGUAUUGUUUAGAUUUUCAUCAAGACUUUAUCAGUCGAUGGAAAUUAUCCAAAAUACUCAGGAAGCAAUUCCAAGCACUUUUGAACUCAGAUACCCCACAGCAGCACACACACCACUCCCAUCAUUUUGACCUGGGAAUGGACAGGAGGCAUUCCAAAUACAAUUUAACAUUGUAAAAAAAACUAUGAAAAAGUACCUUACAAUACAUGUUAUACUGUAGUUUUGUUCCCGUGUGAGAGUGUAACUGAAAUCCAUACCUUUUUGAAACUGAGGAAUUUGGUAUCUCCCCAUUUGUCAGUUGACUUAAUGCUGCAGAACCUAAGUAGAAAAAAAAUACUAAAGACAAAGUGUGUAUGGUUUAUGUUCCAGAUUACUUUCUCAUAUAUGUAUUCCUCUCAUGUAUAAAUAUUAUACUAAAGCUAAAGAUAUGGCACUGUAGUGCAUACCAAAAUAUGAACAAUCACUGAAAGCAACAGUCAUAGGUGAGUUAUGCUUCAAGUCAUUAAUCCAGUAUAUAUUGGAAUCCAUUGUAAAUUCUGGUAUACAGUAUUGCUUACUACGGCUUAAUGGAAUUCAAAAUAAAGUUAUUAUGUAGACCUUAAAUUGACUGAGAUUAGAGUGAUGGAGCUAAAAGUAGAAGAAAUAAUUCAAUGUAACCAGUACGGUAGUAGUUUUCUAUACUGUUUAAAAAAAAAUAAAAAACAAACUAUUAGUAUGUAACUGCAUAUAUUUCAAAAUUAUAACUAGCUUCUUGGGACUGAGGAAGAAAAGGGAAUCUCAGAUUUAUGCAAGAUUUAAGGUAUGAAGCUAUGUUUUUGACUGCUUAAUAAUAAGCAAGACUCAGUGGAAAUGUUUUACUGAAUACAUUAUUUUUAAGAUAUUUAAGAUUAGAACACAACCUUACUGCCGUAAAUAAAUAUUUCUUUAUUUCUUUAUUUUAUUUUUUUUGUAAAAUUAUUCUGUGAGCAUGCUUUUUGUUUGUGGAAAACGUAAAUACUGCCCAGCAGUUCAACUGGUUUUCCUGUCCAGCUUGACAGUGCUGUGGCUAGGGAAAACAUACAGUUGUACAGAAUUGUCAUUUUUAUAACAUGUCUGUAUUUAGGGUUGUUUUCCUGUGAAACAAUUCCAGUUCAUGAAACAAAUUUACUAUUGCACAUUGACAGAAUCUAAUUGUGCUUUGCGUCAUAACAUCCAUUUUAUACCAUUGAGGGGGUACCUCUGCCAUCUAUAAAAAUGUUUAGGGCCGUUACCUGCUGCUGAAUACCAUUAAGCUGCUUCGAUGGACAUUUCAAUCCUAGUUAUCUGUCACGCUUCCUCAAGAGUCUGUCAGAGUUGCGUGUUGUACGAGUGGCUUUGCUUUAUCAUGGUCAGAUCAGGGGUUGAAAAGUUAUUUACCAAAACCUAGUGAUUGCCAGUUUAAAAUUGGUAAUUAUAUACCGUUCCACAGAUAAGAUAAUGCACAUCCAGUUACUAUAUUACUGUUAUGAACAUUUCUCUUUAAAUAAUUUCUAUGUUUUUAAUGUUUAGAAAGUGCCAGGGCACUGAUAGUGAAAUUUGUUCUCAUUGUACUCAGAAACAAUUAUGGUUUCUUCAUUUCAGCCACACACUCUUUUAGGUUACAAGGACUAGAUUUGUAUACAGCAAAUACUGCUAUGUAACUAAAGUGAAAGCUACCGGAUUAUCUCUACCCUAGCACACGGGGCAUUAAUAUUCUAGCUAGAACAAGGGAUUUUUCAUUGCUAAAUACUGACAUCUAGUGGGAAAUGGAAAAAUGACACCAAGAUAACAUAAAUGAUAACAUUAAUAUUGGCAAGGUAAAAAAAAACAACUAAAACAAGCCUUUGAAGUAUUACAAAGCAGACUUAAUUCAGGUUAAAUACUUGUCAUUCCGGUUAAAAAAAAAAAAAAAAAAAAAAAAAAAAAAAAAAGUAAAUAAAUAUGAAAUAUUAAAUGUAGUACUUUUAACGUACCAGAACAGAAAUGCAUUGCAGACUGUAAGCAAAGAAAAAGAGGUGAAUGAAGAAACCAAAGUGUUAAUCCUGUCCUGUUCAAUUUCAACAGGUGGCAAUCUAUCAAUUGUCAGAAUUCUCCAAAGCAACUGUUUAGGGUUUUACAGUACAGUACAGUACUGUUAUCAUUAAAAACAAACUAUGCAAGUAAGCAUAAUUUUGUCAAAUUGAGAUCAUUGGCCCAACUGAACAUGGAUCAGGCAUUCAACACCAUUGUACCAAUUAAUACUGAAGCACUUUAGUACAAUAAUUGUACAGAUGUUAGACAUGUACUUUGGUUAAUGUCAAGCAUAUGAUUAAAACAAAGGAUCAGAUUGGAUACAUCUUAAAGAUGCAGUAUUUCAUUUUGCCACAUUGUGUGGGUUUAUAAAUUCAAAAAGUGUUUUUCUUUUUUGAACAAAUUUAGAAUAUCCCUUAAACUGUAAGGGUAUAUACAUUUUCAAGAUUUUUUUUUCUUUUCUUAAUUGGCACUUCUUAUAAAAUUAUCAUAUAUUAGUGUGGCGUUUUUCGCAUUUAAAAGGAGCACUGUAGCACUGCAGAUAGGUACUUUAUAUAUGUGAUCUCCAUUAAAAAGGCUGAGGUUGGGCACUGGAUAUUUUAAAUAGAAUUUAACACAAAUGUUACUUAAGCACUAAUGGCCUAUUUUCCUAUAAUAAUGUAGUUUUUUAUUAUUAUAAAUAUCCCCCCCUUGUAUUGCAAAAACAAUAUGUAGAAACAGAAGUCCAAAAAUUGGACCUGAUGCGCCUGACAAGUGGACCGCUACGGGUUAAAGGGUUAGGGAGCAAAGACACAACUGUGGCCAUCUUUGGUAAACAGUUUAUGUUCUGCAGUCUACCAUAGACACUGCAGUUAGCAACUGGCCAGCUAGAAGAAGUAUUUUCAUUGUUUGUACCCUGUCGCUAAACUAAUUUUGUAAAAAGAAUGGUUUGAACAAGCUUCUUUGCGCCUUGGGUGAGGCUGGGUACAGGUCUAAGUCUUCUCUAUAAACUGGCUUCUCCUUUAUCUAAGCCAACCGAAAAGAAAUCAUUGAAAGAGUUCAGGGGUUGAUUAUAAGAGUAUUCAAUUAAAACAGUUACUGUGGUGGCCCUAAUGCUUCUGUGAAAUCAGGACUAGCUGUUUGAAGCUAUGCCCCUAGACAAGAUAUUUUCAGAUGCAUGUAAAUAUAGAAUACCAGUAUUGUGAAAACCCUUUCAGAAUCAUAAAAGUCCUGAUCAACAUCCUACCUGUCUGGCUUUUUUUUGUGUAAAUAUUCCUUCUGAAUGCUGUGUAUUUAUAAGGUUUAAAAAGGGCAAAACAUGUAUAUAUAUUGUGAUCAAUUGUCUGCCUUGUACUUUAUGAUGUAAAUGUGUUUUUAAACAAAACAACAACUGUAACUCCGCAAUUCUGUGACUAUUUGAAAGGCCUAAUCACUGCUGUUUUUGUGUAUUUUUAGCAUUUGAGACAAAUCUUAACAGGAACACAAGCUAAGUUUAAAGAACAGAAGAAAAAACGGAAAAAGAAAAAAUUACUUUGCACAAGUGUUCUAAAAAGGUAUUUCUUGUAUAUAUUGUGCUAGCAUGAGUAAACUGUGAUGUGAAUUUUAGAUGUAAAUACACAGUGUUUUUUUGUUUUUUUGGUUUUUUUUUUCCUACUCACUAAUCUGCUGCGAUGUGGAAUUCAUUAAUAAUGCCUAACAUUAAAGAUGUGUUUUAUCAACUCAA